CCUUUCUCCACCGCAGUUCUAUUCUUUCUCACGAGAGUGAAAGAGUGCGAAACAGAGAGAGAGAAAGUGAGGUCCGUACUCCAUCCAGCCUUUGUCACCGCGUCACUGCUGCUCUCCAGCUUGUUGAUUACCUUCACUUCCUCAUGCGCUGACUUUGCUGCUACACCCUUCACGUCGCGCGCGACUUUCGAUUCUUCAAUCCAUCCUAUUGUCCCUAUUCACAACUUAGUGCCAUUGUCGCCCUUCUUUUAUCGACAAUUGUGCCGAUCAGUCCUUACUACCUUCUCAGUCACUCUCUUCGAACUAGAAAGACUCGUGCCGGCGACGCUGGUCUUAUUCCGACUUAGGAUUAAAACAACCAAAAAAGAAGCUCUUGGUUGAGGAACAACAAGACUUGUGAUCACCGGUGUGAAAUACAUAUCAGAGAUGGGUCACGCCCAUCAGCACUUCCAUGACAGAAUGGUAGAGUUGGCGCGACGAGACGAUGGCGUUAGCACAGCAGGAGGCACCGUCUACUCAGUUGUCUAUGUGACCGCCGAGCCAACCUUCACUGGUGUCAUCGGAGGCUACACAACCCUGAGUGGAGGAGGAUCCAACAGCAUACCAGCUGUAGCAACUGCCACCGCAGGAGGUGGUCAAGCUGGUGGAAAAACCGGGGCAUCGGUCCAAUUCAGCACUGCUCCAGCGGAGACAGUCGUCGCCUCUGGCAAUGCGAACAACUCCUUUGACACUGCUGCGGCGGCAGCAACUACAGCCCCAAACUCGCUUGCCAACGCCUCUGCAUCAACGACAUUCUCCCCCAACAAUGUUGCAGAACUCACCAGUUCUGGUGCUUCGGCAACCGCUGGGGCUUCUCAGAAAGACGGCUCCAGUAGCUCAAGCGGCGGCAUGGCAACAGGUGCAAAAGCAGGUAUUGCCAUUGGCGUCAUUGCCGUCGUCGGUAUCAUUGCAGUCUUCCUUCUCUGGAUACUCGGGAAGAAGAAGAGGGAACGCGAGGCCCAAGCCAACAAGGACAACGAGAAGUCGACAUAUGGAGCUGGUGCCCCUGCUGCCACGGAGAUGAUUAACAGAAGUCCCACCAUCUCCAGCACCACUGCCCCAAGACUGAGCCUCCGACCUGUAUCUCGAAUGCUUCCAGAGUUCGGCCAACCUAACAAAGCACGACUGAGCGGCGGUAAUCUCUUGAACACGGCCGGAGAGCCUGGUGCUGCUUCAGCUCGAAACCUUUCUCCAGCUCGCCAACCGCGUGGACCAAGUCCGACUCGCAAGCCCAUGGAGCGAGAGGAUCCCUUUGCAGAUCCAGAGAAUCCAUUUGCUGAUCCUGAAAAGGCUCCUUCUGCCCCAGCCCACGCUGCCCCAACUUCUCAACCAGCCCCUCGUAUGAUGCCAAUGCCAUCUGCUGCUGCCGCCCCUGUUGCUCCUGUUGCUGCUGCCGCGGCUCUCGGUGGUGCUGCAACUGCGGCAGCCUUCAAACCGAAGUCGAGCCCAGCGCCUGUCCCAGAGCCCGUUGCAGCACGACCACUGCCAACUGUACAAGCGCCUGCGGCCAACGAUGAGUCUGCACCUCAGCCUCCUGUCGCAAUGGCUUCGCCUCAACCGACCCCGCGAGACGCCCCUGCAUCUGGUCCAUCUACUCCUGUCACCCCGGUUCCAAUUGUCGCCGCCGCUCCUGCCGCAUCUCCGGCUAGCGAACCGCCUCAAGGCAAUGUUUAUCGUGUUCUGCUGGACUUCACUCCUUCAAUGGACGACGAGCUGGAACUCAAGAACGGACAACUUGUUCGACUGCUCCACGAAUACGACGACGGAUGGGCCCUCUGCAUCAGACUUGAUCGCUCUCAACAAGGUGUUGUCCCUCGCACGUGCCUCGCGACGAAGCCGUCCAAGCCGAAGCCAUCACAUCUGAACCAGUAUGCCCGACCUCCUGCACAUGGUCCCGGAUCCGCCUCCCGCCCGAUGUCGCCUGCAGGCACUCCUCGAAGCCAGAACUUCAACUCUCCUCGCCCAGCGGGUAUGACUCCUCCUGGACGGCCCAUGUCACCUGCAAGCAGACCCAUGAGUCCCGCCGGCGGCCCUCGACGACCAAUGUCCCCUGGACCAAUGUCCCCCGCGGGUUCAAUGAGGCCAUCGAGAUCAAUGAGUCCAGGACCCGGUCAGUUCAACCAAGCCCCUCGACCACUCUCUCCAGGCCCUCGACCUCAACAAAAGCGCAGCAUGUCUCCCGGACCAUCUCGAUCAUCACCCAUGGCGGAUGUUAGCCGGAGACGCAGCAACUCGGCCAGCGUUGUUCGAGAAAAGCGCAACUCGCCGAUCGGGCCAUCCAAGCUUGGUCCUGGCCCGUCCGCUCCAGGCACUGCCUUGUGAAGAAACGCGAUUGGACAUUCUCUCGGAUGCCGAAUGGUGACGACCCAUGCCAUAGUGUUUCAAGCCUCGAUACUUCUGUACCAUGAAACGAACGUGCAAAUGCUUCUCAUACCUUUGAAGGGGUGGAAAAUAUGCGGCCUAUGAUUUCUGCCGUGGCGCCUUCCACUGCGCAAAGGUGUUUUUACCCGGGUAAAAGCCCACGAUAUUUGUGUGCGUGCGCUAGUUUUUCUCCCCUUCUUCUAGUCCUUUGGGUUUUCUUUUUUCCUUUGAAGAAACCAAGAUCUUGUCCUUAUUAUUUUACCUGGCUCGAUCUACGGAGUCGGCAUUAGCUACGCAGUAAUAGGACCCAUUUGUGUUCUUGAGAUGGGGCUAGGUUGGACCGUCGAAGAAUCUGAUAGUUGGGUGACAGUGUAAGGGAGCACGGGGAGAGAGAUUCGGCGUUUUGUUUGCCAGCCAGCCAGCGGUGCUGAGAUACAUAGACUAGGCCUUCGAGGUAAUGCUUCUCGAUACUCAAUGCACAAUGUUCAUUUGUCAUCG